AUGGCGGAUCACGGGAAGCUCAAAUCGGACAUUUCAUUCGCCGGAAUUUUUGCUAGCAGUGCUUUCGCUGCUUGCUUCGCUGAGAUAUGUACGAUUCCCCUGGAUACGGCCAAGGUCAGGCUUCAGUUGCAGAAGAAAGAUGUUGCAGGGGAUGCGUUAGCUUUGCCAAAAUAUAAGGGAUUGUUGGGUACAGUUGGCACUAUUGCAAGGGAAGAAGGGUUAACCGCGCUAUGGAAAGGCAUCGUGCCAGGGUUACAUCGUCAAUGCUUAUAUGGAGGGUUAAGGAUCGGGUUAUAUGAGCCUGUUAAAACCUUCUAUGUGGGACAAGAUCACGUCGGAGAUGCGCCAUUGUCAAAGAAGAUACUUGCUGCACUAACAACUGGUGCUGUUGCCAUUACAGUGGCCAAUCCUACUGAUCUUGUCAAAGUAAGACUCCAAGCUGAGGGUAAACUGCCUCCGGGCGUGCCAAGGCAAUAUUCUGGAGCACUAAAUGCUUACUCUACAAUAGUGAGACAGGAAGGAAUAGCAGCUUUGUGGACUGGUCUUGGACCUAAUGUUGCACGCAAUGCCAUCAUAAAUGCUGCUGAAUUAGCCAGUUAUGAUCAAGUGAAGCAGACAAUUCUGAAAAUCCCAGGAUUCACAGACAAUGUUUUCACGCAUCUUUUAUCCGAUUUAGGAGCUGGGACCUUUAGCCUUCUACAAAGGCUUAAUCCCCAACUUCGGACGGCUAGGAUCUUGGAAUGCGAUCAUGUUUCUAACUCUCGAGCAGGUAUGUAUUCCGUGUAUCCUUCCUGUGAGAAUCAAGCAUUUACUACGUACAACCUAUCGGCACUUCUUUAUACCUUAAAGAGGCUUGAUCUUGCGCAUCGGCUUCAGUAA